GAUCCAAUAUGCGUGACAAUCCUGCGCCACAUCGACUCAAGCUACAGCCACAAUGACAUCACAUGUAGAUCCUCAACGCAUCCAUGGAUGCCAGAUGAACGCAAGGUCAAAUCCGAGUCCAGACUCAAUGUAUCGAUAUCGAAACUGUUUGAGAUAGAAAUGGAUCUAUUUCUAGCCAAAAGGGGUCAAUUGAAAUAACACACUAACCACCCAAAGAUACCGCCUCUCUUGUAUAUCCGCCCUCGGUAACGCGGAUUAAGCUAGAUUUCCCGGACCGCUCCCUAACCUCUUCCCGUUCCUAUUCCGCUGUGCACACAAGACUUGAAUUCUUCACCCGUCCAUCCUUCAAUCUAGGUAAACCCCUUGCAACCCAUACCCACAAAUCCACGUGUACGUCCAUCCGAUGAACCUCGAUCUCCCACGGUCGGGCAGGCAUGGCAAUCUCAAGAAAUCGAUUAGUCAAGCAAUGCGAUUGUGAUGACGUAUUGAGAUUUCCGAUCCCAUGUCAUGUCAUGAUAUGAUGUUGAUCCCCUCAACCGAUCAAUGCUUAAAGCGGGGUAGUUCCCAUAGCACCCGUUACCCUGUUUAUAUCAACAUAUACCUACUUUCUGCCUUUUCUACUACAAUUAAACCUUUAGUCAAGAAAACAAGCUCUACAAGCAAAACCCCAAUACCAAUCCUCAUACCCAAUCCCCAAACACAACUUCACCACCAUCCACGCAAAAAUGUCUUUCAGCAACGCAGAUACCGGUUCCAAGGAUGCCGAUCCAUAUAAGGCCAAGAACAUCGAUACUCCUACUUUGAAAGAAAAGGUUGAGGAUUUAAAUGACUUUAUCGAUGCGUGCAAAUUCGGUAUGAUGACUACGAGAGAUGGAAAGACGGGCGCGUUGGUGAGCAGAUGUAUGGCUGUUGCUGCAAAGGAAAAUGGAGGAACCACUCUUCUCUUCCACACCAAUACCGAAUCUGGAAAGACCGAUGAUUUAGCUACCGAUUCCCACAUCAACAUUUCAUUCUUGAAUUCCUCUGGCGAAUGGGCUUCUGUUUCCGGUAUGUCCACCAUCGAAACCGACCGCGAAACCGUCAAGAAAUACUACUCCCCCGCCCUCAAAGCCUGGCUCGGCGAUCUCGGCGACGGAACCCACGAUGGCGGUCCCAACGAUCCCCGUAUCGGGGUUAUCAAGGUCGAGGCCAAGACAGCUACAUAUGCCGUUGUGCGCAAGAGUAUGCUGGCGCGCGGGGCUGAGAUGGCACAGGGAGUGAUUACGGGUAAGGCGGCGAGUGUGAAUAAGUUGAGGGAAAUUAGUGAGAGUGAGAUUCAGACUUGGAGGACUAGCCAGGGAAUGGUGCAGUAGAUGUGGUUGGAGAUGUGUUAUCUGUUCCUAUGGUUAGGGCUGGGAUGUAUUAUGAAUAAUGCUAUCAAUUAAUUAAUCAAUUGCAAUGCGAGGAAGCCUUUUAAAUU